GCCUGGCCUGAAAGUAUGUUUUUCUUUUCAAAUAAAUUCCCUAUUUUCAUGAAACUUAUAAAAAUAAAUUCUUAUUAAGAAUUAGUCUGAAUUUUAUCAUAAUUGGACUUUAGAAUUGCUAAGCUUAAAUUUUUAAUCAUUUUUAAAUCUCUGUUCUUCUCUACACUUACAGCCAAAAUGAAGAUUCACUGUAUGGUAUUUGAUAUGGUAUUUCACCUGUAAAGAAAGGAUGUCCACAGUUCUGAUGGUUUUGCAUGAAUAGAUAGGCAUCACUCAAACAACAGAAUUUUUCGUUUGUCUUAUGUAUUUUUAUUCAGUCUCAGUCUGCAAAAUGAGGCCAUAAUUCCAUUUCUAUUUCCACUUCUAAAUCUUUUCAAGGAAGCAGAUGACUACAUUAGCACUACCACUAACUCCUGCUGUGUGACAGUGAGCAAGUCACUGCCUUUUUCAACAUCUCAUCUUCAGAAUGAGGGACUAAGAGCAACAGUGGUGUUCAAGCUUUUCUUGACAACAGGAUUUUUUUCCUAAUAAAAUCAAUUUUAUUAGGCACAACAGCUCAAAGCAAUGAAGUAAUUUCUCCAGCAGUUUGCAACUGAGCAGUUUAAACACCAUAACAACACAAAAAUGAUCUAUAGUGUCCUCCAACUCUGAAGUUCCAUGAUUCUACUUUACUCAGAUAAACCACUUUUUGAGACUUUAUGAGGAAAGUUGUAUAAUCACAGUAAAUGAUAUAUAAUACAAAUUGAUAUAUUAAAUAUUUAAUUGAUAUAUAAAAUGCUCACCAUGUACCAGUCACUACAGAUAGUAUAAGGAUUUAGUCCUUUUAUCAAUCCAAAAAUUGUAGGUACGCUUUUUAAUUCCUGUUUUACAAAUGAUGACAUUGAGGCUUAGAUAGAUUAAUCUUCCCAAAGUGACACUGCAGCUGGAAGUAACCCAGUUAUCUUGACUGUAAAGGGAACAGCUUGAUCUGUUUUACUUUGUCCAUUCUGGAAAAAAAAAUCUUCUGUUUUAUUCUAUGGUAUACACUCUAUGUGAAUGCCAAGGUAAUAGGUGCAAUGAAAAACUAAUAGCAAAAUAAGGAUAAUUCUGAUGACAAAAUCAUGGAAAAAGAAUCAGUAUGAUUUGUGGACCAUUGUAUUGUUAAAAGAGGGCAAUGAUUUUGGCUUAGUUACUACACUAUCCCCAGGGCCUAGAAGGUAGUAGGCAUUGAUAAAUUUAUAUUGAAUCAGUAGAUUUCUAGGGAUGGGACUUGGGAAUAUGUAUUUUUAGAAACACUCAAAAUUUGAGAAUCAUGAUCUAUUAGAUCUCUAUGGUUCUUCUUUGUUCUGACAUUAUAUCAUAUUUUAAGCAUUCAAUUCUAAGUUGAAAACCAUUUUUCUAGUGAGUUUACUUUUCAUUCAGUCUACUUACUCGAAGCUUAUAAAAAGGGUUUAUUCCUAGGAAGAUCUCUAUCUUUUCCUUGGAGUUCUUCUGUUAAUGCUAACUCAGUCUAGGAGUAGCCUGAAAGGCAUUCUCUCAUAUUUCUGUCCUUUUCUUCAAUGUCUUAAAAGACUUUAAGUAGUAGGGAGGUUGCAAGCUGUCACUCCUUCCAAAUACAAAGUCCUUCUUUGCAAGGGACACUCAGACCUCUAACUUGUGAGUUGACCCUAUUUAAUCUGGGAGACUUUUGACUUUACAAGUAUGGAUCGGCCUCAUUCUAAAAGAGUUGUACCAAUCAUCUUUAUUUUUGCAUAUUUUCAAAAUAAUCACAGGCUGUCAAUUAAAGUUGAACAAUACAGUAAAAUAUGCAGAUUAAUGUGUGUGUGUGUGUGUGUGUGUGUGUGUCUAGGUUUAAACUUUGUCUUUCCCAAAAGAUUACGCAUUUGAGCAAAAUCCCAUUCAGUCUAAAUGAACUCAUUUUGCCACAUGCUUUUGUAAUCAGCAAUUUUUUUAAAUAGAAGCAUGAUGUUUUAAUAAUAUCAAAAUGAGAGUGAUCUCUAAAUAUAGUUUUAAAAGUUAAUAUAACUAAAUAUGAUGUUUCUGUGCAAUGAGUCAAAUUAAAUUGUUGCUCUGAGUGAAUAAAUCAAUCCAAGUUACAUUGAUUAAAGAGGCUAUUCUAUGCCCCACUCCACCACCCUUUACUGUGUGCACUUUCUCUUGAGGCUUUAUAGUAUUUUUCCUACUUAUUUAGGGUGUUUUUUUUAAAUUGGGCAAACAGUAUCUAAAUGCCAUUCUCUCACUCAUGAAUUAUAUAUGGCCACUAUUAUAUUACUUUUUGUCCAUGGAGUGUAUGGAAUAAAAAUGAGAUAGGGGUACAUUGCUUAAGUCUCUAAAUAUUAAAAAAAUGAAAAAAAUGUUGUCUUUCUCUUGUGUCAGUGCUUCGAUGUUCUAUCAUCUUCUGCAAACUGGAGUUGCAUUUUUAAUAUUUAAUUAAAAAUAUAAAUAUCUUUCUUGAAGGAAUGUCAAAUUUAAAGUAUGUGGAGUUGACCACUGUGAGACUUCUUGAUUGGUCUUCAUGUUUAAAAUCUGAUUUCUAUCCUAUAUGGGUAUGCCUAUGAAAAAGAAGCACCUCUUUGUUGACAUUCACCAUGGGCAUAAUAAUUUAUCCUCCACGUUUAACUUCUAAAGCUAUUUUUCCUUUUAUUUAUAGUAUUUCUGAUUAUUUCCUUCUAUCCCUAGAAUAGUACAUUGCCUGUCCUAACUCUACCUUUAACUUUGAAAACAAAAGGUGCUUCAACAAAAAGCAAAUGCAUUUUUAAAUGGCCCUUUAAAGUAAAGAAGCAAAAUAUAUUUGGACUGUAGUUAUCAAUAUUCCAGCAUUUUCCAAGUCAAGUCUAGUAGUUCUGGCAAAUGUUCAUUGUGGUAUGAAAACAAAUGGUCCUAUACUAUAAUCCUCACUCCAUGAACAUUAAUAAUGAAUGUGAAUGCUUUGAUGAAGCUUAGUAAAGUUAUUGGAUCAGGAAAAGACUAAGCUCACCUUGAAAAACCUUUGGAAAAGUUUUCUCUUAACACUAGUUUGUAUACCUUUUAGUAACCACAAAUAAUAUAGCCUGGAAUGCUUUGGAAAGAUGCUUCUGGAAUUUUAUUUUAACUUUGAGGGAAUUUCUGCCAUUUCAAAUGAAUUGUUCUUUAUUUUAAAUGUCACCUGUGUCUCUUAGUGAAUUUAACUUUAUCAUCUAAAAUAUUCAAAACAAAACAAUGACAUUAUUUUAAUUUUUUAAGUAUUAUUUUUAAGACCUGCACCUAAGACUAACACAUCGGCCCCGAUCUGUCUAAGAUGUUCCAAAAUCUUUGCAGUGUAGAAUUAAUGCUAGUGAACAAUCUUCUGUAAUAUUUUAUUAAACAGCUUUAGGAAAUUGAAUCAUGAUAGGUCAAUGUUGACAGUAUUUUUACAUAAGCUUGUUAGAAAUUAUAUGAGAAACAUUUUAGUUAAAACUAAGAGCAAUGCACUGUUUUAUGCAGAUUUUGCAAGAUUCUACACUCUUCUAAUGAGCCUUUUACAUUUUUUUUUGCUUUGCUUUAUUUUGCAAAUCAGUUCUUUUUAUGCAAAAUCAACAAUGUUCCUUUAAAAACUUCCUGGGUAAAUUUUCUGUUAUCAGAUAGAAAAGAAUAAAGCUGAAUCACUUUACAUUUCUCUACUAUAGUUUAAUUUUUAAUUCAUUCAGUUUGUGACUCAGCCUGAUAGAUCCUAAGCCAUUUAUAAUUUUAAAAUGUUCCAUUGAAUGAGAAUACCAUGCAAAUGUUAAUUUCAUCUCCCUCAUUCAGUUUUAUAUUCCUUUGGUGACAUUUUUUUUCUGGCAAAAUAAAUGCUUAAUGUUAUUCAUACAUCACUUUAAACUAUUUUAAAUAACACACCAAAUAAUUAUCACAGGGAUCACUGUCCCAAGAUCCAAAUUUAAUUUUUUUCUUUUCCUUAAGAGUUGCUAGGAUGAAAAUUCUUGCACCUCUGCUGAUUUUUCAGGAUGGUAUUUAGUUCUUGCUUUCUUAAAUGGAUAUUCUUAGAUAGAUUGGUUCCUGUCUGAUAUUCUCUCUCUCUUUCUCUGUCUAACAGAAUUGGAAAAUUGUUGCUGAAUAAUUUUUCUUGAAAAAGCUAAGCAUAUGAUGAUGUGCUAAUCUUAUCUAUGAGUAGAACUUCACUAUGGGCCAAGCAGUAAUUUAUAGGGCUGGCUUUUUAAGCUGUUUGAAAUGUGUUUCAAGUAAAAAGAAUUUUCAUUUGUUUUUCACUUGUAUAGUAAAAUAUCUGUAUAAAUGAAAUGGUCAAAUUUUAAUUUUAAUGUUAAUUCCUACUAAAUGGCAAUGUAAAACAUUGAUUUUUUUUUAACUUGUACUUUAACAAUAAGAGAAACUAGGAAAGGAAGCUCAGAGAAAUUUCGCUGUGUUUCUAAAAGUAAUGAAAUUCCAUCAACUAAGGAAAAUGCUGUCAGUGUGCAAUUAGAUUUGGUGGUAGCCUUUCUCUCUUGUGAUCUGUGUAGCAAAAGUAGACUAAAUUUCUUUAUAAUCUUGUACUGAGUAUAUAAUUUCACAAAAUACCUUGGUCAUUAAAUAUUCAUAAAAGGAACUGUGGAUUAAAAUACACAAGAUACUUUUUCAAUUUAGUCAAAAUGUUGGUGCCUGGCCUUUUUUCCUACAUGUCCAAUUCGAUAGAGUAUAUACUUGAUUUUGAUAGCUGUUACUGCUUAGUCUGUGAUGAAAGCUUUAUUUCUUCUAUGCUGUGCUCAAGAGAAAACCAGCAAAAGAAGCAAAGAUUUGUUCUUUCAUAGAACUGUGGCAAAGCUCUCUGCUGAGCAAUGGUGAUACAAAUGUGGGGCAUUGACUCGUUGAAGAUAAUCUUGAAACCAUCUUAACAUUAAUUGCCUUAUAAGUUAAAAAAAAAGGUAUGGAUAUCACUUUUUUGUAAAUAAUGAUUUUUAUAAAUGUUUUUUCUUCAUAAUUUUCCCAAUCACCCAUUUCACAAAAUCCUAAAUAUGCAAUUAUCACCAUGGCACAUUACUGCGUCUGGGGUUCCCAUUUCAGAACAAAGUUUAAUUCUAUAUGUGAGUAAGUUGUUAUUGAAAUGUGAUUUUUUUUUCCUGGAAAAUAAAUGAAAAAUAUUGAAAAAAAUGAGCCGUGAACCUCUUUUUUUUUUUGUCAGAUUCUGAAAAGUUUACCCACAUUUCUGGAAAAUUUCAUUGACUGUGUAGGGUGGGGACGACGGACCAAAAAUCUGGCGACCGUCAAGGGCUUUAGAGCGCGACAAAUCCCAGCUCUGUAAUUUAACUACAGGCCUGAGCAUGUUACUCAAUGAUUCUCCAUUUCCUUAUCUUUUUUUAAAAAAAAAUAUGGAGUAACGUCCCCUAUAUCAUACAGUCAUUGAACAGAUUAAAUGAGAUACUUUCAGCAGUCACCUAGCAAUUCUUACCUGGUUCGUAGUUGAUAUUCAAUCAACAAUCCUUUCCUGUUCUCAUCUUUCUGUGAAUGAGGAUUGGGAUGGAUGGAAAACUUUAAUGCUCUUCUCCUCACGCUGUCCUAACACUGCGCUCUACUGUGAUCGCUGUGUAUUACUAUGUCGGCUGGGGCAGGUGCCUGGAGGCCAUACCUGACUUUCAUCCCCAAUGAUUGCCCCUAAAGGGUUUCUUUUGUUUGUUUUUGGUUUGAGAAGGACCAACGGGUUUAGGAAGGGGUUAGUUACUAAGGUGGAGGAAGGGCCUAUUAUUAAUAGUUAUGGCAGGUAGUAGGUCCUCAACCCUAAACGGUCUCCAUUUCAGAGCUGGGAAAAGUCGGGUUGAGGAAGGUGAGGGAGCCCAGCCCGGUUUGUGACGCCCAGGAGUGAAGACCAUGAGCUCAGGGGGCCCCCAGGCCUAUUAUUUAGCAUCUUAGCAACUCAGUUUUCCAAAUGUGUAAACGGAGAACAAUCCUUUCUUGACAAGAGUUGUUGGGGCAACUGGAUCAAACUAAACCGGUUGUCAGUAUCUGGCGAAUGCAAGCGCUCCGUCAUCCCUGCUAUCCACCGUGGGUGCCUUGGAGGGGAGAGGUGGAAAGCGUGGAGGAGGGGGCUGCUUUACUUUCUCUUUGUGCCUCGGAUUUCCUGUCCCAGGGAACCGCUGCACUUCCCCCUGCUGCCCUGACGCCAGCGAGAAAAGAGACCUGAGGAAGGACCCUCGGGGCUGCAUCUUUAGCCCCCAGCGUCCCGCUCGAUUUAGAACACAGCGGCUCCCCUGCAGCUCGCCGCCACCCAGGGCGCCGCGGGGCUCAGGGCGGCCCUCUGCAGGCAGCGAGGGAGAGAUCCUUUGCAUCCUCACAGCAGCUCAGAGGACCACAUAGCGGCCAAGGGCGGCCGGGGCGGGCCGAGAGCGCUGUUUCAAGUCGCCCUGGAGACCGGCGGCGGGGUGCGGGGGUGCGCGGGCCGCGGGCAGAGGAGGCCGGGCAGGCGCGAGCCGCGCGGCGCGCCCUGUCCGCAGUGGAGGAGCCCGCGGUCCGGAGGCCCCGCCGCCCCAGCCCUGCUGCAGGUUAUGAUGAUGUCGGACAUUGCUAAAAACCCAGUGGCUCAUUCCCGGAAGAAAAGGGGGAGUGUGUCUUCACUCAGUAGCCAUGAGUUCCAGAGGAGGGAAAUUCAUGGGCGCACUAAAGACUCAAUGAGUACCGUGUCUUACAUGGACGAACCGAGCCAGCGUGAUGAUGUCUCUCGUCUGACGGUUCAGAUGGAAAACACCUACCAGUUGGGUCCUCCCAAACAUUUUCCUGUGGUCACUGUCAAUCACAUUUUGAAAGAUGUGUUAACUAACUAUCUGCAAGAAGAAGAAUAUGAACCAGAGCUCUGCAGACAGAUGACUAAAACGAUUACCGAGGUUAUCAAAGCCCAGGUCAAGGACUUGGUGAUUCCACGGUAUAAAUUCAUUGUGAUUGUUCACAUUGGACAACUGAACACUCAGAGCAUACUUAUUGCAAGCAGAUGCCUCUGGGACCCUAAAAGUGAUGCCUUUUCAUCUUAUGUGUUCAGAAAUGCUUCUCUCUUUGCUCUUGCAAAUGUCUAUGCAGUUUACCUUGAGUGACUGAAAAUAAGAAAUCUAGUUCUUACUUUUUAAUAUCAUGAAAUGGGCUGUAUCUCUCUACACAAAAGUUUUACUGCCAACAACUUUGAGAAAGAAACACACUAAUAUUUCAAACAAGCUGAAGCUUUUGAACUUUUUUCAGACUCUUGUAAAGAUUGGGGAAGGGGAGGAUGGCAUAAAAAAGAAUCUUGCUUUUGGAACUCAGUCUUGGUUUUGCGUAGAUGUAGAUUCUUAUUUCAUAUUACUUUUGGUACUAAUUAUUUUAAUUACUCUUUAAUUAGAGAGUUAGAAUUUCCUGCAUUAUUUUUUUUAAUGAAGAGAAGUUUUAAAAAAAUAUGGCCAUAAACCCUGACCAAUCAAUAAUAGUAGAGUAUUCAACAUGGUAGACACAAUACACAAAUGAUAAAUAAUAUGCCUCAGCGCUGCAUAUGAAAGAAUACUGGUUUUCAUUUUGCACUUAAUAAAUUGAGCAGCAUUCAUUAAGUGCAAUUAUUGUUACAUGUACCUGACAGUUGAAACUGCUGAGGUAGAAUUAAUGGCUUUAUAACAAUUAUCCUGGUCCCGCGGGCCGCAAGCUAAAACUAGAAGCUCUUGUGGGUGCCUGCACUUUACAAAAUUGUGGGAGAACUGAAUGUUAGUUCUUCAAUAAUGGAACCUAUAAAGUGAACAAUGGCUUUUUAGGGCACUGAA